AGCUGAGGUCAGCGCUGCCUCGAGCUGGUGAUGGAGACAUGGGGGGGUCGCGCGGCCGACGGCGUCCCCUCGAGCCCCGGCUGCUGGCCUUGCUCCUCAUCGCUGCAGGCACCGCAGGCACCCAGCCGCAGCCGGUGAGCGGGGUCCGGGGGCGCUCGGUGCUGCUCUCCCCGGCGCUGCCCAACAGCAGCAGCGUGAAGAGGGUCGAAUGGUACUUCAGGGCUGGCGCCGGUAAAAAAUUUCAAGUGGCGGAGUUUGGCCCGGAGGGGUUCCAUCGCCCCGACCCCCACGACCGCUUCAAGCAGCGGCUGGAGAUGCCCAACGCGACGGCGCUGAGGAUCGGGGGCCUGGAGCUGGGCGACAGCGGGGUCUACGAGGUGCAGAUCAAAUACAACAGCACGGUGGAAGUGGACGACCCGUCCUUCAACCUCUCCGUCUACGAGCCAGUGCCGACGCCGCUGAUCCAGCACCAGCUCCACUCCCGCAGCGCCCAGGGCUGCAACGUCACCCUGCGGUGCUCGCUGCCCCCCGGGAGCCCCGCUCAGGCCUCCUGGCAGCUCGGGGACGCCUCGGGGACGCCGUGGGGACAGAGCUUGGACGGCCAGACCCUGCAGCUGGCCAUCCCCGCCAGCGCCCUCAAUGCCACCUACACCUGCGUGGCUCGAAGCCCUGCCGAGGAGCAGAGCUGCUCCGUCAACGUCAAGGCCCUGUGCGAGCACGAGGCAGGCAGGCAGAGGUGGUACAUCUGCCUGGGGGUGCUGGCCGCCGUCGUGGGACCGCUGACCGUCCUGUUCUGCCUGCGGAGGAGGAGGAGGAGGAGGAGGAAGGCGGCGGAGGGAGCUGCCCUCAGCGUGGCGGAGGAGCCGCAGUACGCCCAGGUCCUGAGGAGAAGCCCUGCCGAGGAGGACGAGCAGCCCCCCCAGCCCCGCACCCCCCUCAAAACCAUCUACAGCGAGGUGGGGGCCGGCCUGGCCCAGCCGCAGGCCUGAGCAGCAGGACCACGGCGGGACGGACGGCGGGACGGACGGCAGGACAGGCGGACGCGCA